AUGUCAAACGAAUUCUACGGUUCUGGGGAAUAUGAUUCCCCCCGAAAAGGGCGACCAUCGAUGGUUUCAGCGAAACAGGACUUGAUGCAAUGGUUUCGAACGCAUAUGGAACGUGGACUUUUGAUGCUGCAGUUGUUUUAUUUCUUCUUUUACGCCGCGUUCGGUUCACUCUUCCCACUUAUUUCCAUCUAUUUCAAACAACUCGGGAUGAGUCCUACGCAAUGUGGCAUAAUCAGCGCAGUCCGGUCUCUAAUGGAAUUGCUUGCCACCCCGUUUUGGAACGCUCUGGCGGAAAAGUGGAAAAAGGGAAAGGCAAUUUUGAUAGCCAGUUUAAUCGGAUCAAUGUCGUUCACUUUAGGACUUGGAUUCGUACGACCUGCUCCAGAAGGAUGCCUAGUGAGAUUGCCGCAGUAUGGGAACUACAAUCAAAGCCUAGAUAAGCCACCUCUGAUGAUCGUGGAACCGUAUCGCUCACUGAAAUAUGAUAGCUUCCGCUCAGUCGAUAUGACUCGCGCAUUAGCGUUAAACUUGAAAAACAGAAUCGGACAAUCCCCUCUCUAUCUUAACACAAAACUCCUGUCGGAACCUUCAGAGUUGCUUCGAAACAAAUUGUUCGAUAAGACGAUACUUACGAAAUCUAUCGCUUUUACCGAUCCAUCGCAUUAUCCUACUAGAACUUUGGUAAUGCCGCUGUACUCCACGGUUGUCUACUUACAGACAAAAGUCGAUCAAAUUUUCAUUUUGAUCAUCAUAUUGGUGUUGUUCGGAGAACUUUUUUCUUGCCCUGCCCUUCCACUUGUCGACGCCUUGGUGGCACAGAAAACGCGCGUUCGACCAAGCGCCUUGUACGGUCAACAACGUAUAUCUGGUUCCAUCGGUUGGGGGCUUGCUAUGUUUUUUAUCGGAUUGGCACUGGACAAUGCGAGUAGUUUUCCUGAUUAUCCCUGCUUGCAACCUGGUAAAAGAGAGAAAAACUACAUGGUAUGCUUCGCCACUUAUUCUGUUUUCAUGGCAUUCGCUAUGUUCACAUCCACACAGUUCUCUUUCGUCUACGAGGGUGGCCAAGAGAGCAUGUACUACAAGGUAGUCAAGGACAAAUUGGCCAGAACGUUGCUGGGACGUACAACGAAGAACCGUUCCAGACUCGUCAACGAACCGGAGUCAGAGGAGACAGUACAAGACCAAAAGGAGAAUGACCAUGCGAAUCCGAGCGCCACAAGUGAGCACAUACUUGAACAGCAACUGGGAAUAAAAUUGGACAAUACCGCGGCCGUGAAGUUACAAUCGCAACCCAGUGAUGCUGAGAAUUUCCAAAACGGAUUAGUAUUCACUACUCAACUAAAGGUGACGAAAUGGUUCACAGUGUGCCGGCUUGUUGCCAAACCUCAUCUGUUGCUAUUAAUCUUCAUCACUUGGUUUACGGGUCUUGGGGUCGGCCAGGUGUUCACCUUCCUCUUUUGGCAUGUGCAAGAACUGGACGGAUCACCGACGCUGUUUGGCAUAGCGACAGUGAUUAAUCAUAUUUCGGAAGUUUUCAUGUACAACUUCAGUCCCCAGAUUAUCGACCGGAUCGGCCAUGUUCGGGUUCUCUACAUCGGGUUACUUGCGAACGUCGUUCGAUUCCUCUAUGUGUCUUGGAUAACGAACCCAUGGUGGAUCUUGCCGUUUGAGUUUUUGCAAGGUUUUACGCAUGCUGGAGUUUGGGUGGCAUGUUGCUCCUACCUUACACAAUCACUUGACGUGGAGCAUCGCUCUACCAUACAAAGCUUCUUGCAUGGCAUUCACUAUGGACUUGGCCGAGGAUUGGGAGCUUGUUUCGGUGGACUAGUGAUCUCCAGCUACGGUAGCACAACAAUGUUCCGCUCAUACGGCGCUGCAUCAGCCGUCGUUUUGGUCAUUUUCCUGUUGCUGAAUUACGUUAUUCCGGUUCCAACUGGCCGUACGGAGAGUGCAGACAUCAAGAACGAUGCUGCUCGUGAAGGCGACGUGAUUGCUUAUGGCCAAGUGGCAAACUCUACCGCAUACAAUGGAUCAGGCAAGUCGACUCAGAUUAAAUUGCUCAUUGUCACUUGGUCAACUUUCCCUAGUGCUUUAUUCUUAUGA